AUGACUGGCUCUCUGGAUAGCCUGCCACCCGAGCUUCUCUCCAUCAUCACCGGACAUCUCGGUCACGAUGACAGGAAGAAUCUUAGCCUGGCCAGCUCGACUACCCGCACCAUAAUAGCGCCGUUUCUGUUCAGGGGACUCAAAGUCAAGUGUCCGUUGCCGGAAGAUCAUAUACUGCAGGACGUUGUCCAAAAGUUUGGCCCUCAUGUUCUGAACUUGCACCUCCACGUCACGUUUUUCCCGGGUCAACCGGACCCAAACAAGGAGGAGGACGUGGACAUGGAGGACAACGAAGAGAUGGAGGAAAACGCAGAGGACGCUGUGGACGAGGACGAAAAUGAAGAAAGUCAAGAGAACAAAAAUGCUGAUGAGGAUUCUGACAACGAGGAGCCUAAAGAUGACAAUCCUGAGCAAGACGAUGCCGAGGAGGACGAAAACGGGUCGGACGAAGAAGAACAAGAGGAGGAGGAGGUUGACGAUAAUGAGGAGGAAGAGGAUCGUUGGUACUGGGAAACCCCGCCUGAGUCGGUCUGGGCAAGAAAGUCGGCCCAUGUUCCAGUCGUGAAAGACCUCAUUCAGUUCAAAGGCCUACCACGCUGUUCCAUCCUCAGCAUUCAUACCAUGGGAGUCGAGAACUUUGAGAUCGAAGCUGAUUGGGAUGACAAUGAUCUCUGCGACUCUGGCAUGUACUUUUGCAGCUAUGACGAAGACUGGGAUAUGGUCAAGGAGAAGGAAGAAAAGUACGCCUGGCGAGCAGCCUUGAGAGACAUGUGGCACGACGUUGCAAACCUCUCCAAGACCCAGCACCUGGAAAUCAUUCACUUUUUGCCGAGAAAGAGCUCAAGCUGGAAGACGCCCGAGUGGUCCAAGUUUUUGGGCUGCCUGAAAGAACUGGCUCUUUACCCUUAUGGAGCCGACAAUGGAGCUGGAUGGCACGUCAACACCUUGCCCGGUUUCAACGACUUUUUCAAGGAACUAUCUUCAGUCAUGCUCCGCCAUGCAAAGCAUGUUGAACGACUAAAGAUUGUCGCCCACGAUGACGGUUUUCUGAAUUACGACUCUUUGAAGCUGUCCCCUGGGAUAUUGCCGCAACUGCAGGUGCUUCAUCUGGAACACAUGGCUGCACCGGCAAUCCUGCUGCCUUUUCUCGAGGGAAAGCCUCGCAACUUGAGAGAAAUCCAUCUCAGUAAAUGCGUAGCCGUGGAGACUAACGAAUACGACUUCGAGCUGAAGACCUGGGCAUCACUCUGGAAGGCCAUCAGAGGGACGGGAGAAAAUCCCAUCCGUGUAACCUAUCAGUAUCACAAAUCUCCUCCAUUGACCGAGGAAGAGAACUAUGCUGAUGAGGAUGAAGAUUGGAAGCCUCCAGAGGAUGAAGAGGAGGGCAUUGUUCGGCUGCGGAGGAUGGUGGUAGAGGAUAAAGAGAUUAUCUGGCCCUACGUUGAGAUUGAUGAGAAAUAUGGAAUGGUUAUGGACAAUGAUGUUUUGAACGCUGAGCAUUUAGGAAUGGGAGAUGAUAACAAGGAGUACAGGGCGUUGAUGGAUGAGAUGAAACGUAGGAGCAAGGGGAUUUCGGCUGGGUGA